AUCAAAGCGUCUGUCUGUAAAAAUAAAAAAUAAAUUAAAAAAAAAGUACUCUUAACUCUGGAAGAGGAAGAAAUUGCUGUUACUUGACGUUUUUGAAGCAAAGUGACUCCAAUGCCACCGCCCACGAUCUUCAAUUUGACGUGAAGCCCAGUUCUCUGAUUUUCUUUUUCUUUUUUUUUUUCACAAAAACGUCAAUAAGGCUUCAAGGAAAGCAGCAUUGAUUCAAUAUAGUCCACUUCCUGUGCUUUUGGAGCCUGCAACGGAAAGAAUAUGAAUCGUUGUUAGAGCUUGGAAAUCAUGGAAGAAGAUAAGAAGAAAAAGAAGAAUAAGAAAAAGAAAAAUAAGCAGAAUGCUGCUAGGAUUAAUGAUACUUCUCCCGCGGAUGGCUCAGUUGUAGCAGCUUCCGUUACUCUAGGGAAGAAUCAAAGUACUAUCACAACCCAAGUGGAUGCCGGUCCCGCACGGGAUCUGCAUCAGGAUGCCUUGGUUGAUCAUCCUGAAGAGGAUAUGCAAGCUGUCAUUCAAGAAGUAGGUAAUCAAGAAUCUCCAUUGGAUAAAGGUUUGAGCAUGCAAAAAGAGGUUACGCUGGCUGGAGUGCUGGAGCAACUUGGGGAAUUGCAGAAGGAGAAGGAAGCACACAUUCAACAGGGGGCCAGCCUACAAGAACAAAUUUCACAGUUAGAAAAGGAGAAAGAUGCCUACACGAAUAAAGAGGCUGAUUUACAAAAAAAAAUUGUCGAGCUAGAGAUCGGAAAGGAAGCCCUUGUGCAGAAGGAGAGUCUUUUGGAGGUCAAAAUUGGACAAAUGCAGAAGGACCAGGAGUCUUGGUUUCACAAAGAGGCUCUCUUGGAAGAAAAGAUUAACCGCCUGACGGACUUAGUUGCAACUGUGCGCUUGGAGAAGGGGAGCUUGGAGGAAUUGGUAAAGCAGUUUGAGAAAGAGCGAGAUUCAUGGAUAUUGCAGGAGAAUCUUACCAAGGAAGUGAUUUCUAGUCUAAAUGGUGAGAAUUCAUGCUUUAAAUCUCAGGUGGUCGAGCUAGAAGAAUUGAGAAAUAGUUUAUUGCAAGAAAAUCAUCUCCUGAAGGAGACGAUAUCUGAUUUGCAAUCCCGGAUUCUGAACUUAGAGAGAACUGUUGUAUCUACUAGUUCAUCUACUGAGAUCAAGAUUCAGCAUCCUAUGGAAAAUGGGGAUGUAUCAGCUCGAUCUAAAGCUGCUAGCACAUUGAUUGAGAAGUCAAUCGAUGAAAGUUCUGAGCUUGUGGAAAAAAUGAAUGAGUUGCAGGCUGAGCUUCACGAUGAAAACCCGGAACCAGAAUCAUCUCCGACGGGUAAUUUUGCUGGAGUGGAAGGAUCUUUUGUGGUUGUUGAUGGUUCGGUUGGAGGAGUGGUUGAGAUGCAUAAAGCUGAUAUGAUUGAUGCAAGCAGUGAUAAGAUAAACGGAUUCGGUUUAAUAGAGCAGACCUUCAGAAACGAUGCAAAUAAUAUUGUUCUAUUUCCAGAUUCUUCCAAAUUUGACGAGUCAUCAUCUGAUGAAAUUGUGCAAAUUCCAUUGGAUGAAAUCAAAAGAGAGUCCAUAACAGAUCAUGGGGUGCCUGAUGUUGAUGUUGAGAAGGAUGAAGUUUCACUCACGGAGGCUCCAUUGAUUGGUGCUCCAUUCCGUCUAAUAUCUUUUGUUGCUAGAUACGUUAGUGGUGCUGAUUUGGUGCAGAAAAAUGCAGGUGGUUAAAAUUUCCUAAUUUGUCAGGGUUUUAUAGAAGAAUUGAUAGAAGAGUCGUAUACCAAUAGUGACUUGUUAAUCGCUCUGAUGAACAAAUCGCUUGUUAAAGUGUUGAAAGAUCCAUCUGCACCAAUUUUUGGGUACAUUCUCUUUUGGCUUCUUACAGGAAAAUGAGAUAUUUAGACUUUUGGCUUCUUGACUUGUAACUGUCUUGUCUUCUUGCUUACAAUUGAGAUUUGUUGUAGAAUAAUAUUUGAAUUCAAAAAUCUUGCAGAAUAUUUGAUUCACAUUACUGUCUGUCCAUUCCUGUGUAUAUUACUGAGUACAUGCAAACCUUAAUUAGAAAAGAAGAAUGGUUGUGGUUGUGGUCUCUUAGUAUGGUUUCUUGACUAUACAAACUGACAUUUUAUGGUCAAUGACGAGAAGUUUUGGUUUGGUUUGUUUAGGCUGACAUUUUUCUUUGUGGAUGGUUCACAUCUUGUCUCUGGAGUUGUUAAUUCUCAAUGACAUCAGGUUGCAGCAUUUCUUGAAUCAUCUUAAGGACCUGGGCCAUCUUUGGCCUUGUCUCUGGCAACCUUGCCACACAAGCUAAGGCGAUGUGCAGCAUCUUUUCCAUUUCUUCUUCAGUAUUUUGAUGAUGAGGAUGCUUCAUCAGGUUGCUGUCAAAAACUGCUGCAGUCGAUUCUUCUCUAAGAAUGGAUUGAACCCAUCUCGGGAGAUCUACCACAAGCACUUCUGCAUAUUGAAUUGGUGGUUUUCCAGUGAGCAUUUCAAGUAGGACGAUUCCAAAGCUGUAAACAUCAGAUUUUUGAGUGUACUUUCCAAGUUCGCUUACUUCGGGAGCUUGGUACCCGGUUCUUCUGGAAGGCAUCGUGUAUAAGCCUACAAGGGUAGUUAUGCCGAAAUCUGAGAGGCAGCCUAUGAGAUUGUGGUUGACUAGUAUAUUUGAGGAUUUGAUAUUUCCAUGAAUUAGCCUGCCACCAGCAAAAAGAUGUAUGUGCGCUAUACCCCUUGCAGCUCCAAGGCAAAUCUUUAAUCUAGAUUCCCAGUCCAGAGUCCUUCCGAACUCCCUUCCUGCAACCAGCACAAAAGGGGUAAAUUCAGGCUGACCUGAAAAACAUGAAGCAGGUCCUACAAACAUUAGUAAAUGUGAAGCUAGCUUGGUCAGAUUGCUAAGUAUUACCAUGUAAUAAAGUGGAUAAAUUUCCGAAUGGAGCAUAAUCAUACACAAGGAGUUUUUCGUCCUUGGAAUAGUGAUACGCCCGAAGAGGAACAACAUUGGGGUGGUUAACCCUCCCUACAUUCUCCAUGUGUUGUUCAAACACUAAUUUUCCCGCCACCACUUGUUUGAGCCGCUUUACGGCUAGUGUGGUUCCGUCCUGUAAAAUGGCCUUGUAUGUUGUCCCAUAGGUCCCUUUUCCAAGCACCUGGGCAGAGGCUCUUAACAGAUAAUCAAGAUCACAAUUCUGAAGGGUUGAGUCUGCUUGCAAGAAAACCAAGUCGUUGUUUUCAUCUUUCAGUGCCCCGUUGCUGCGGAACUCCUUGCCCUUCCCAUCCCUACCCCUUUUCUUGGUGCGGCACAGCAUCCAACAUAAUAGGAACAGUAGAAACAGCAUUGUACAAGACGCGGCAGCAAUGGCAGCAGUGGAACCGGUGCUUAGCUUUUUUGAUUUGGAAAUUCCCUUGUGAAUGAAAGAAGCUGUUGGUGGUGACGGGGAUGGCAGCUGCAGGGUUGCUGGAGAUGGAGGAGGAGAUUGCUUGAAGAAAGGGAGAGCAGAGGCUGGAGUUGGAGCCGGAGCUGGAGCAGGAGAGAUGGGGGAAGGACAUUGACGAAGAGGCCUUCCACAAAGUAAGGAAUUACCCUGAAAAGAGGAAGCUGGGAAGUGCUGGAGAGAGUGUGGGAUUGACCCAUUCAAGUUGUUAUUACUGAGGUUUAACUGCUGAAGGUAUGAAAGGGCGAGGAGGUCAGGUACAGGGCCCGUGAAGGAGUUGUUUUGCAGGUUCAAUCCAACUAAAUGAGUCAAGUUGUUGAUGGUAUCAGGGAUGUUUCCUGUGAAGGAAUUGAAUGAUAAAUCGAGAAAGUUGAGCUGUGAAGAAAGAUUGGACGGAAGGUCCCCAGAGAAAUUGUUGUUCUGGAAGUAGAGAUAGCGAAUGGAAGGAAGAGAGAGGAUAUCCGGGGGAAGUGUCCCAUUGAGGCGGUUAGAUCUGAGACUGAGGGAAGAGAGUGCAUCAAGUCGGCCUAAGGUGUUAGCAGGGAUGGAACCGUAAAACCCAGCCGCAGGAAGGCGAAGCGCGACCACACGGGUGGCAUUAUUAGUACUAGAGCAGGUGACACCAGCCCAGGUGGUGCAGAGGGAAGUAUUGGUGUUCCAGUUGAGUUUCUUGGGAAGUGGGUGGGGUACAGUUGCAGCAAAGUCAAGCAGGGCUUGCCUGUCCGAGUUUAGAUCACCGGCAGCGGUCACCAUAAUGACACCACCUGUUGUUUUUGUUGUGGAUGGAAACAAGAGGAGGAAGAUAGUGAUGAACAAGGAGCUGCGACAGAGAUGAAGUGAGGAGGGAUGAGGACGAUGCAGGCGAGCCAUGGACAUUUCGUGUUUGUUGUCCUUGUUACUAAUACUAGUGCAUAAAAGUUCAAAAUAGGAGUCGCAGAAGUGGUGGGAGGGAAUUAGAGCAUAUAGGGAAUGCAGGACCAGGAAGAGGCUUGAACCGAGCUUGCAGGCAUGGUUGGAGAUGGGAUGCAACAGGGUAGAAGAAUGAAAAGGGAAAGAGAUUUAGAGAUGAUGCUAUAGAUGGCAACAAAAUGAGGGAGUUGGGUAUACAUAAGUCAGGGGCCUAACUCUUGGAGAGAAUAGGGAACAUCCUGACAGCUUUGCAGCCUUCAUAAUCACUGAGGGUACUACUGUAUAUAAAUAGCAGUAAGGAGGAAGAAGAUUGGACGGUGGUUGUUGACUCAAUACUGCUGCUUAAUAUAGUACGUAAAACGGGAAACAGCAGGACCAGCCUCCAUUGGAAAAUAUAACUUAAUUUGAAUGCAGGUGUGCGUGUGUGUGUAAGAAAAAGGUGGGUGUAUGUAUAGGUUAAGGAAGGGAGAAAUUGAGGGUUAUUCCUUUCGUGUCCAUCUUACGUUCCUCCCUAACUCUCAACUCCCUUCACCGGACAUUCCCCUUUUUUUGAUCUCCUCUAUUCCUUCUAACUCAGCUCUUUCAGCAACAAUUCUUAGAGCACAGUUGUGUUGUGAUUUGUGCAAUUGGAUCAGCUUCUAAGUGUUCCAUUUCCACCUCCUC